AUGACAGGUUGUAAAGCUAUAGAAACUCCAAUAAACCCAAAUGUGAAGCUAAAAGCAGCAACAACAAUUGAGGUGGUUGAUCGAGAAUGUUAUCAAAGAUUAGUGGGAAGGCUAAUCUAUCUACCACACACAAGACUUGAUAUAGCUUUUGCAGUAAGUGGCCAGUUUAUACAUUCACCUGGAUCUACUCAUUUUGAAGCUGUGUUCAAGAUUUUGAGAUAUCUAAAAGGAACUCCGGGAAAAGAACUUUUGUUCAAAAAUAGGAGCCAUCUCCAAGUUGAAGCCUACACAGAUGCAGAUUGGGCAGGUGAUAUAAAUGAUAGAAGAUCUACCUCAGGCUACUGCACUUUGAUAGGAGGGAAUUUGGUCACUUGGAGAAGAAAAAAACAAAAUGUUGUAGCAAGGAGUAGUGCAGAGGUAGAAUUUCGCUCUGUUGCACAUAGCUUUUGUGAAGUGUUAUAG